AUGGUUCGUUUCGUAUCCGCCCGUUACUUCAAGGAACAAGAUAUCGAUGAGUUUCGUGAGUGUUUCUACUUGUUCGCGCGCUCGGGUCAUAUAACGACGCUGGACGAGCUUACAGUGAUAAUGCGCUCACUGGGACUUUCUCCCACCAUACAAGAGUUGACCCAGUAUCUGAAGAAGAAAAAUGGCCGCAUGAGUUUUGCAGAUUUCUUAGAAGUUAUGCAUCAGCAUUCGCGCGUAGAAAACCUUCCCGAUGAGGUUGUACAGGCAUUUAAAGCCGGAGACAAAGCAGGCCGUGGAACAAUCCCUGCGCGACAGCUGCGUCAUCUACUGCAGAAUUGGGGCGAAGGGCUUUCGUAUCGUGAGGUGGAUAACAUUUUUCGCGAGGCAAAUGUAUCGAGCAACGGCCAUGUCCGGUAUAGCGAUUUCGUACGUGUAGCUUGUGCUCCAGUUCCAGAUUAUUAUUAA